AUAGUGCGAAUUAAGGUUAUAUCUAGUAAUAAUGUUAAAAUCAAUUAUCAUAGUGUCAAUUUUAUGGAUUAUUGCUGAUGCUGCUCGCAUUCUUGUAGUUCUUCUAGAGCCAUCUUACAGUCAUCAGGUGGCUUACAGACCAAUAAUGAUAGAAUUGGCUCAAAGGGGUCACGAGUUGACCGUUUUUACGCCGAUUCCCAUGAACGAUUCGUCUCUUCAGAAUUAUACCGAGGUGAAAUUGGAGUAUUCCUCUUACAAAGUGGACGAGAAAAUGGAUGUAUUUGCGUAUGGUAAAUUAGGGGUACAGUCGAUUUUAGAUGAUUUCUAUCAUCGUAAUGAAGAAAUGACCGAUAGUGCGCUAUCCAAUCCUGUCAUGCAGCAAUUAAUAUCACCGAACUACACCGAGAAAUUUGAUUUGGUCAUUGUCGAAUUCCUGUUUUAUGACGCAUUUUAUGCACUAUCGUACCGCUUCAACGCACCGCUGAUCGGAAUCUCAUCGGCAUCGCUUCUGACUGUUCAUCAUUACGCAUUUGGAAAUCCCAUAUUAUGGUCUCAUUUGCCGGAUUUAUUAGUAAAUGAUUUAGAUGAUGAAAUGAAUUUUAUACACCGUUUUUACAACGCGUAUUAUAGCCUUUUUCAAAUAUAUUGGCAUAAAUAUAAAAUUAUCCCCGUGCAGGAGAAGAUGGUGCGGAAAUAUUUUGGGGACAGUGUGCCACCUGCUCACAAGCUUGUCUCAAAUAUGGCAUUACUUUUAUCAAAUUACCAUCCGUUCCUUUCACCGAAUCCUUACGCACAAGAAAUUAUUCCUAUAAGAGGAUCUCGUCCUAUAAUAACUCAGAAGAAUCAUAGUCUACCACAGGAUCUGCAGAAAGAAUUGGAUGACGCAACAAAAGGAUUUAUAUAUUUCAGUUUGGGCUCCAACAUAAGAGGCGUUUUUCUGUCUGACGAAAGACGUAAUAUGUUUCGAAAAACUUUCGAAAAAUUACCUUACAAAAUAGUGUGGAAGUUUGAGUCUGAUUUCCCGGAUAAACCAAACAAUGUUAUUAUAAGGAACUGGUUGCCGCAACAUGAAAUUCUAUCACAUCCGAACAUACGGCUCUUUAUUUAUCAAGGAGGCUUACAAAGCACCGAGGAAGCGAUCGAAAAUGGAAUACCUAUGAUUGGCUUCCCCGUUGUAGCCGAUCAGUAUUAUAAUAUAAAGCAACUGGUAAAGUAUGGGUCGGGAAAAAGCUUUAGCAUCACCGACGUGACUGAAGAUGAGCUCAGAGAGACUAUAUACGAGGUCAUUACGAAUUCCAGUUACAAGGAAAAUAUGCUGAAAUUGCGCAACUUAUUGCAUGAUAGACCGUACGAUGAAUUAAACUAUGCCGUUUGGUGGAUUGAGCACGUCAUACGUCAUAAAGGAGCACCACACCUUCGGAACAAAUUGCGAGAUAUGCCCUGGUACAAGACUCAACUAUGGGACAUUAUAGGAUUUACAUUGCUCGUAUUGCUUGUUUCCGUUUAUAGUUUAUAUCACUUUAUUACUAGGGGACAACUAUGGAACAUAAUAAUAAUUCUUACACUCGUAUACUUGUUUCCGUUUAUAGUUUAUAUCUUCAUUAUUAUAAAGUUAUUUACUUAUAUAUGUAGUUUAUAUCACUUUAUUAGAGUUAGUUACUACUUACGUAGAUUAUACUACUUAAGUACUAAAUUACGUACUUAUACUUACGUAAUUUUUUCAAAGAACAGCAAAUGCGUUUCCAUAGAAAAGAAAAAGCAAGAAUGCGAUAAUAUUAAAUUAAAGACACUCUAAAACGACAUACUUACUGGAAAUUAUUUAUAGAAAAAAUGAAGUUUCUACGAGUACUUUUGCACGUUCUUUUGUAUACAUAUUGUCGUUUUCACGUCUCAAAUUACUCUGCAUGUCGCAAUGACUUGAAAGAAAAAUUUCAUCUCGAUAUCAUCCAUUUAUUUUUCA